UAGUUCAGUUUGUCAAAUUGGGUGAAGUCGUCAAUUUCAAUUUUAUUUCAACAAUUUAUUUCCACAAUUUUAUUUCAGAUCCGACAUGAAGUUCAUUUACGUAUUGUUUCUAAUUGUUCUUCUACAAAAAUCUCAUGCUGGCAGGAAAAGGAACGUAGCAAAUCCAGCGACACUGAAAACUUCUGGACGAUUCGCUUUUCAAGUUUUCAAAUCAAAUCAAGAAACUCAAACACUCACCAAAGAAGAUUUGGAAAUAUGUCGAUCUGGCGGGCAUGCCUUAUUCAAUCAACAUUUCCAAGAUACGGAUGAGAGAAAUACUGUACUGCUGUGUUUAGAAAAUGUGAUAAAACAUAAUGAAGGAGAACUGACUUAUAAUGAGUUCAUAAGAUGCAGACUGGCCACAAAGUUUAGGGAAGCUAGAGGCGGAUCGGCCACGCUGCAGAUGGCUCCUCCCGGUCAACAAGCACCACCUGACAAUUUUGGUGAGGGGCCCAGCAAGAGACAAAGAACGCAACCAUAAUUUGUCUGUUCGUUCAUCUUUAUAACAAGUACAUAAUUGUAAUUAUCAAUGAUGUAAUCUUAAUCCAUCAGCAUUACUCCAAUACAGCAUAAGAAAUUAACUCAAUCAUGAUAAAUAAUAGGGGUAUUCACAAUGUUGUUUUAGCCAGCUAAAGUGCUAUUCAACUCUGGAUUGUGAAUGCCCCAUCUGAAACCAACUGCUAUAAGCAAUGGUCUAUAAAUACAGGUCAUGACACUCGUGUUCCUAAUGGAGCGGCCAUUAUAUGGGGUCUUUAUGGCGAUACAUUUGAAAAUCCAAUUCAAUUCAAUUUGC